CACAACCCGUUGACAAACAGAAACACACACAAAACGAAACAUUAGGAGUCACGCUCCCUUUCAAAUGCUCUUUUUGUGAUUUUUGUUCUUGUUCAUUCGUCGGGCGACGCUAGCUCCAGCUGAUAUGAUUAUCGCGUUGCCACGGGCGACUGUGCUCAGCUGCGAGAAUGCCGCGGUUAUCAAAACGGAAAACCGGGAUACGUCUGCGAACCGAAGAAGCCCGUCGGACUUCGUUGCUUUCGGCGUGGAUCGCAAACAUCAACACAGGAUGGCGGACGGGACGCUGCAGCCCGAGCUCAACAUUUCUUACCGUGAAGUGAAGGGAUUCACCGGGCUAGGCGUGUGUGUCCUGAGAUUUCCAUACCAGGUGCCGGACCACGCAAGAUGUAAACAUUGCAACUGCAUUCCGAGAAGAAUCUAUCACCUUCUGUGCUUUCGCCAUGGCCUCUGUUUUCACUGCAGAAAAGAUUGCGAUGGAUAUUAUUGCGAUGAAUGUCGUAUAGACAUAACCCCUGAACAACUUGGCGCUCUCCGCUCAGAUUACAACCUUGAUGGUAUACUGCUGAAAGUGCUAUGUGGCGUGUGCGACAAGGAACUUCCCCUUGGAGAGCUGGAGGAACACCUGUGUAAGCACACUAAUCAGGGUCGCAUGGAGGCUUCAAAAGUUCAACAAACGGCAAAUCAGAUGUCUAAACAAGAGGAAGCGAGGAAUGAAAACGCGAAGCUGGUAAAAAGAAUACAAGAACUGGAGAACCGUCAGCUUGAGGCAGAUCAAUAUCGCAUUGACCUUGAAGACGACGUUAAGGUCCACAGGACUGUGCUGCAGAACCUAGAAGAUAAAGUCGGACGCAUCUCAAGGGAAGCAGUCACCCGAAGGAGAGUGGACACGCUCAACGAACGAGUCGAAACGUACCUUGGUCCUUUGGAACGGCUGCUGAACGGCCUGCGUGAUGUGGACAAAGAAUGAAUGGCACUCCCCCAGUUGUCUCCGAUUUUGCCUGUAUCGAACUGCUGUCUUUCGAGCAUUCUAUCACCAACAAUUCUGUCGACUGCAUGCGAGUGGCCAGAAUGCUAUGAUUAUACUUGUAGCUUUCAAAAGGUCACGUUUUCAGGCGUUAAAUAAAAUGAGUAGUUUCCAGAUAUA